AUGUCGGCGGCGCAACUGAAGCAGGUCUCGAGCGGCAGGGAUUUGGGAGAGAUGGAGGAGCUCAAGAAACUCAUUUUAAGCGAAAAGGCCCGCACGAAGCACAGCGAUGGCGGAGGCGGCGGCGCGGGCGAGAGACGUGUAGACGGUGGCGACGUUUCCGACGACGACGAGGGGGAGGGAGACACGAGGGACAGGGGAGGCGGGGAUCGUGGAGGCGGGGGUCGAGCCGGCGGCGCCGGGGCGAAGGAGAAGAAGCAGAAGGGAACGUGGCGGACGCCACAUGCAUUCAUUUUCUGCAAACAGCUUGAGCAAGUUUGA